UGGCGCGCACUCCCAUAUGUCCUCCGCGCCACCACGAUCGCCCACCCCGCGGGCCCCCAAGAUGAAGAAGGACGAAUCUUUCCUGGGCAAGUUGGGCGGCACACUGGCGAGGAAGAAGAAGACCAGGGAGGUGACUGACUUGCAAGAGGAAGGCAAGAGCGCCAUCAAUUCUCCAAUGGCCCCAGCUUUGAUGGACAUCCACCCUGAAGACACCCAACUAGAGGAGAAUGAGGAGCGCACCAUGAUUGAUCCCACCUCCAGAGAGGACCCCAAGUUCAAGGAGCUGAUCAAGGUGCUCCUGGACUGGAUCAACGACGUGCUAGCAGAGGAGCGCAUCAUUGUGAAACAGCUGGAGGAAGACCUCUAUGACGGCCAGGUGCUUCAGAAGCUUCUGGAAAAGCUGGGGCACUGCAAGCUGAAUGUGGCCGAGGUGACACAGUCCGAGAUCGGGCAAAAGCAGAAGUUGCAGACGGUCCUGGAGGCUGUGCAGGAUCUGCUUCGGCCCCACGGCUGGCCGCUGCGCUGGAAUGUGGACUCUAUCCACGGGAAGAACCUGGUGUCCAUUCUUCACCUCCUCGUCUCCCUGGCCAUGCACUUCAGGGCCCCCAUCCACCUUCCCGAGCAUGUCACCGUGCAGGUGGUGGUCGUCCGGAAGCGGGAAGGCCUGCUGCACUCCAGCCACGUUUCGGAGGAGCUGACCACGACCACGGAGAUCAUGAUGGGCCGGUUUGAGCGGGAUGCCUUCGACACACUUUUCGACCAUGCACCGGACAAGCUCAACCUUGUGAAGAAGUCUCUCAUCACAUUUGUGAACAAGCACCUGAAUAAGCUGAACUUGGAGGUGACUGACCUGGAGACCCAGUUUGCAGAUGGCGUGUACCUGGUUCUGCUUCUGGGCCUUCUUGAGGACUACUUCGUCCCUCUCCACAACUUCUACCUGACUCCUGACAGCUUCGACCAGAAGGUGCACAACGUGGCCUUUGCCUUUGAACUGAUGCUGGACGGAGGACUCAAGAAGCCCAAGGCCCGCCCUGAAGAUGUGGUGAACCUGGACCUCAAAUCCACUCUGCGGGUCCUUUACACUCUGUUCACCAAGUACAAGGACGUGGAAUGACGGAGCAUCUGAUCCUUCCAGGGCAAUUUCUAGGCAGGGAAAAUGGGCAUGUCUAUCCCCAGCCCCUGUUUCCCCAGGGAGGCCUCAGGCUUCUCAUCCCGGCUGUGUAAUGUCCCUCCUCUCUGCUCCCUGCCUGGCCCCCUUUCCUCUGUGGUUCCCCAGCCAACUGGUUAGGCCUUUGAGAACUUGGUGCUUAAAACACCCUCUCAGGUUUGAGGCCUCACUUCCUUUUUUUCUCUGCUGCCAUCAAGAGAUGAAAAAAAGAACGAAGCCCCAGCCUAGUCCUCAGCUGGAGAGGGCUGUCCACCUGUGCUCCAACCCACGGGGCAAUUACUGAUGGCAGGAGCACAGCAGCCCUUGCUCUGGGGACUCCGCCCCACUUGUCCUCAGGAAUCCCCUGGGCUGGGCUCUCCCUGGAAGCGGGGUCCUGUCUUAGUAAAAAGAUCCUCGCAGUUUUUCACUCCUGUCUCAGAAGCAUCAGACUUGUGACGUGUCCCCCCCAACCCCAACACACACACAUCCGUUUGUGGUUUACUGGUCUUGACUGACCUUUUACAUAAACUCUCAGGACCCAGAAUGCCUCGGGCCCCCAGGGAAGCUACACGGAGCCUGUCUGGGUGCCUUGCUGGCUCUGAAUAUGCAGCUUGAGCCAGCUUGGAGCCGGAACCUUGCUGUCUCUGAGGCCCUGUUAGGGAAUGGACACAUUUUUAGAGAUUUUACAAGGGGGUGGGUAUCUAUGACUAGGCCUGCCUCACCACAGGCUACCGGCAGCCAGAAUGACAGAGGCGUACAUCUGGCGGCUUCGGAGGCUAGAAGCAGGCGGUGGAGGUGCUGGCUGGGCUGGUUUCCUAGGCUUCAUUUUCACCGCUCCUCUCUGCCUUUGCAUGCAUUAGCCUCCUCCUAGUUCUGAUAGGGAACCCAUCCCCUGUAUGGCCUCACUGCCCCUAUGAUAGCUGUAAGGUCCCUGUCUCCAGGGCAACCUCCCUCGGACACGGCAGGAGUAGGUUUGUGGGGCUUGUCUGAGCUGGGCGUAUGAAAUGUCCACAUCCUUCCUAGAACACUACUGGUAUCCCUUGCAGCACGUCCUGUAAAAGAAAAUGCUGCUGUUCCCAUAAGCCGUCCCCACUCUAGAGAGGAGUGGGGAUGCCAUGGCUGGCUGGCUUCUUGUCGCAGGAACCCUACUUCUGUGGUUCACCCCCUCUCAAGUUCUUCCUACCUCCAGCCUUCGGAACCGCCACCCUCUUCCUUGAGCCUUAAGCGUUCACAGCAGCUACGGUGAACCUCUCUCUUCUGAUUCCCACUUUGCCACGGACCAGGGCUAUGGAGUGAGGUGUUGAUACUCAACAGAACGCCGACCAUGGAGUUCCAGCAAACAGUUUAAAAUCAUCCCUUGGUUCAGCUGUUGCUAAGCUGGGGAUGGGCUUGGAGUAGUCUGUUCUGAUGGAGGUGGCUUCCCAGCAGGGGAAAGAGAUAAUUAAAACGGCCUUACCGUGUCUCCCCGUGGGAUGCAGUGACAUUAAAGAGCCACACUGACAAAAUAGCCAGGAUCGGAAUGUUCUGUGUUGCCUUCCUCCUGCACGGAACCACAGCAGCAUCUGGGAGCUGCUGGGUCUGCCUUGCCCAGCUCACAGGUGGUCUUGGCAAGGGUGUCUCACAUCCCCGGGGCAGGGAGCCUUGAUGUGAAGGGUUUGCAGAGACCUAUGGUGCUGGGGGGGGGGGGCUGGUCUGGGAAGGGUGGUGGUUUCCUGAGCAUCCCUAUCUGGAGGACACAUGUCCCACUUGGAAUCCAAGUGGGCUCCUUUCCCCUGCAGGAGAACUGACGAAGCCAGGGUUCCAUGAAGGCACGACCUUCCCCAUUGGCUGAGCAUAGAAGUGGUUCUGAAAUACCAGUGAAGGGCUACCUAAUGGCUUUGCUCUCUUUGCUCCGUGGAGCAGUCACUCAUCCCCUCGACCUGGACAGAGGACUGAGAACCAAGGUUCCUAGGCCAACUUCAGGGCCUCCCGUGUAGGGCAAGGCUUCUCUCACAGAUUUGCCCCAUUAAUUUAGGGAGAACUGUCCCCAUCCAUACCCUCUGGUAAUUAAUGACCCCUUCCUCAAUUUUCCCAUGACUCUCACUGGGGGCCCCCUUUGAGUUGUCAAUUCAAGGAAGUUCUGGAACAUUCCACUGCUUGGAUCUAUAGUCUCUCCUGAUAUUUAUUUGAAGAGAGGUCUGGCCACCAAAACUGGUAGAAAUGCCAUCAUCUAUCAUGCCCCACACAGUCACAAGGAAGGGUCUGGCAGGUCUGUUCCUCCUCCUCCCCCAGGUCUGCAGGCCAGGUCUGGGAUUGCUCCCCUCUGUUCUACACAGAUUUGCAUGUCUCCCCCAGUCCUGCUGACUUGGGUGGACUUGCACAGGCAACUCUUGUUCCCCUUCUGUUCAGUUGUGCACGCCCUGGGCCCAGGGCCCCUGCGUCCUCUCCAGCCUGACGAAACGGGAUCUUAUUUUCAAGCAGUCGAAUCCGCUCCCCCCUAUGCUGCCACGCUUUAUUGUCUUUUUAAUUGUUCGAAGCAAAGUGUCCUCUGGAUUUCUGGAUAUUAAAUAAAAACCACUAAACCCCC